AUUAUUAAUACUGAACACUCGAAUAAUUUCAUUUGAAGUUGGAAUUAGUGAUUGUGAUAAUUAAACCAUGAUGGAAUUGACAGUUGUCAACGCGUCAAUGGUAACCAAUCAGACAAAUUCUACUUCUAUCCUCCAAAGUCUUGGUAAUGUAUCAAAUAUAACCUGUAAGAAAAAUUCUACUUGCAUCUUUCUUUGUUAUUCAGAACCAGUUGUUCUCAGUGGUUUCAUUUUAACAUCUAUAGGUUUACUUAUUGGACUAGUAAUCAUAUUUAUUAAGAAACUACAUUCUACAUCCAUAAUGAACAGUAUCUUCAUGGCUAUAACGUUGAUAAUUAUGAUUAUCGGUGUUGGAUUACUAAAUUCACGAACACAAUGGUAUGAAAUAGUUAUCUCUGUAACUGUGGAUACCACGUUGGUCAGCUUAGCGAUUUUAUUGGGUGUAAAGCUACAAGUUCGAAAGAGAAAAUUGGCGAUAAUUUUAUUCUCGAUGUGGUGUGUGUUUGGGGUACUUGGAAUCAUUCUAUUGAUUAUAGGGGUGGCACUUAACGAACAUUAUGUACUAGAUACAUGCUGGAUUAGUUGGUGCUGUGCAAUGUUAAUUGUAAGUCCUGAAUAAAUAAUAAAAUGUAAAUACAAAUAAUCGGCCGUUGAUCAAUAUGCAUUCCAAGAUGUUGUUCUGUAGAAAUUAGGACUUUAAGGCAUUAAUGUUUUCAAACCAGAGCACUUAACAAGAAUUCAUCAUGAAGCAUCUUGAAGGAUGGCUGAAAGCAAGACAUUGAGUGGUGAAGUAUUAUCGCUUAGUUCGUUUCUUUAGUUGAAUGACUCAAGAAUUGACAGAUCGAAAUACCAGACACUUACUGUUCAUUUGUUAUGCAUGAAUGUUUAGAAAUUAUCAAGUUGUUAACCCUAUAUCUGUAAAUGCCUAUUAUUUCACUGAUACAUUUGUUGAUAUGAAUACAUUAAUAGUGAAAUAAUCAAUUGAAGCUAGACCACCAUGGAAAACCUGAGAUGACUGGAAAACAGUUCCGUAGUAUCGUAGGACUCCUCUGUAGCAGUGCGCAUCCACGAUCCCACCUCUCGAGAUUCGAACACAAAACCUAUCGAUCUCGCGAGCAAACUAUUAUGAUACUAAUACAAUAUCCACAAAACUCCCUUUUGAUACUAAUGAAUUAUUCAUCUACGUCUUGAUUAUUAUAGGUGAUUGUAUACACAGCAUAUUAUUUGUGUAGAUCUAGUGAAGAAGAACAGUCUCGUGUUAUAUACAUUAUUUUCUUAUGGUCUUAUGAAUAUGUCGCCCUAAUUAUCGUUUCACAAUUUAGUUUAAAUUCAUUCAUCGAUUGUUAUUGGCCAAAACAGUGGAUGAGACAAUGAUUGAACAUGAUGAAUAGAUGUUAUUCCAUUGAACGUUUUUAUAUUUUUGAAGAUUAUUGUAAACAGCUCUGUUAUUUAUAAUAGAUGUUCUAUUAAACAGACGUUCGCCUCUUGGAUUAAGUUUCUGUAUAAAAGAUAUUCGUUUAAACGUCAAACACAUAUUGAAGCACAUUUCGUAUGUACUUGAAAUUACAACAAACCAAACUGACUGAGGUGAUUUGUUCAACGAUCGUAUUUCACAAAGACACACGUUUCAUGACAUCGACAAAUAACGUAGUUUUGAGUGAUUGGUUUUGUAAGUUUGACACUGUUCAGGAUGGAUCAGUCAGUCAAUCAGUCAAAACGUACGUCCAUAUGUAUGCAUCCAUUCAUAGAACUAGUAACUUCAAUGUUCGUAAUAUAUGAAAGAAAGAUUGUAUAAUGGGACAUAGCACAGAAAGAAAGAAUUAGUUGGUAGGAAGGAAGAUGUGAAUCGAUUUUAAUCUCAUAUUUUAAGGGACGACAGAAAGUGUAUAGACCAACACCAUGUGCACACAAACCAAGUGCAUAAUGGUUUCGAUUGGUCCUCUAGACAACAUUGACCGCGCUAAUUACAACUAGAAGUAGGCCAAGGAAAUUUAUUGUCUUAUUAGAAGCAUAUAGUGUCUUUCGAACUGAACAUUCACUGUUUGGAUACAAUUACAUCUAGCUAAUGAGUUCCAAAUGGGAUGAAACUAACUUGCUGAAUUCCACUGCUAAACGCACCACAUCUAUUCUAUAAACACUUAUGACAACGAGUAUACCUAAGUAAUUUGAAUAGGAUUUGCAUAUACUAACUAAGUCUGAUCAAAGUCCAGUGAAUAUAUAAACCACGGAAUGAUCCAAGCAAUUACAAUUUGAAUUAGAAUCGAUGGGAGUUUAAAUAUAUAGUCUAUAUAUUGAAUGCAAAUAAAACCUUCACGGUGUGCCCAUCACCGACAACCAUAUAAAGCUGAAAAAAUGACCUUCGAAAUUUUCCUACCACGUUUAUGUAUACAAAGGUAUUUUGUUCAUUUCUUUUCCGUACCAUAUCCUUCACAAACUAUCGGCAACAAAAAUGACCACUUAUUGCAGCCCAAUAAUUUGGAUAGUAUUUUGGAUAAUAUCAUAUCCACAGUUACGUUCAUCAUUUAAUUUUAUCCUCAUCUCACACAUUACUCACAUGACGUCCUUGUUUUGUCUUUAGGAACGCAAUCCAGGACAUAAGUUUUAUCGUAUUUGGAACUUGUCAGCCAGUUGCGUAUGCAUCUUGAUGUUGAUGUUCACACUAAGACUCAAACUCAGUCCUUAUCGUUUUAAACACUUAAAGUUUAUAAACUUCACUAGUGACACUAUAUAGCCAUCAACCUGUUCAAAGUAUUGUUAAAGGUUUGUUAUUUCCCACUGUCUAUUUGUUCGCAAUUAAUUGGUCUCUUGUGCCAUUUGUUCGUCCUGAGCGGAUUACCUCGACAUAACUAAUUAGAGAUUCAGGUACUCAGAUAUUUUGAUUAUGUAACGUAUUAGUGGUUCAUUCAUUUCGUUAUUUCUCUAUCUCUUAAACACACAUACACACCAAACAUGUAUAUUUGUUUAAAUUUUGAUUCAUCGAUAAUGAGACUAUUUAAAACUAGUGAUAAAGUCCACAAGUAAUCAAAUGUAUCAGAAGGGUUUAUUAGAAUACUAUAGUCAUUUCAGCGGUUGAGAUCAUGAGUCAACUGAAGUUGGACCACCAUGGAAAACGUAAAAGAAAACCAUGGUGGUCUAGCAUCAAUCGACUCAUGAUCUCAACAAUGUUUAUUACACAUAAUGCCUAAAAUAUUCAUUAUGAGGGUUGUUUACACUUUAGCAUAAAGUAUGUCGUGUUAUAAUUCGUCAUGACUAAAUGAUAAACUUCAUUAUCCUAGAUUUUGUGCUAUUUACAACUGAUUGAUCGAUAAGUAAUGGCCAAUCUAAUGUUUGUAUAGUUCUUCAAUGCAAAUCGAAUCUUAUCAAUCAAUUUAUUGUGUGUUCAUUUGUGCAAUUGAAGAUAACUAACAGGGAAACCCUGAAAUUUGUUAUAUUGAUAUUCUACACUGAUCAGAAGACAUGGGACUGAUUCUACCUAAUGGAUUCGGAUUCGUAUCAUAUAACUUAACGGUCUGAGAUGUCGCCACUGAACUGUUCAGACAACCAAUGGCCCUGUGUUGGACUAAAAUAUUUUCGUAGUGCUUCAUGAUGCAUAUGAUAUUUGAUCAAUGUCAUGUUUGAUCGAUCAGUACUGAAUAAUUAGAGGAAAAUGAUUUUAUAAAUAGCAAGGAAAUAUUGAUUUUGAGUAAUCUUGAUUCAAUUGAACAAUUGAUCGUAUUUAAUGGAUCGCUAACAAGUUGAUCGUAAAAUUUUAAUUCCUUAUUCAUUCAGUAUAUUUGAUGAAUCUUCGGUGAACGUUACUGCGGUCUAAAGUACCAGUUUUUAUACUACACAGUUGGAAAAUAUUUUAUUUGUGUUAUGAGUUUAAAACAUUAGGAAGCGUUGUUCAUGAACUGUUGUUGCAUUAGGUAAUCAAAGAUAAGCUUGAUUGUAUAUUUAUCUAUCUUGUAUCAAGUGAGGGGGGUAUACAAUACGUGGUAAGAUGUUUGAUCUAUUCAUGAACAUUCUAAUCUGUUUUAUUAAAGGCUAAAGAGGCUAAAUCAUAGUAUUUUGAAUCAGGUCUGAAUCUGUGCUGGACAAGUAGUGUUGUUUUGACUUGUGUUGUCAAAUAAAUCCUCAAAAGAAGUAAGUAGCUUAACGAGCCAUAGACAAUGAUAAUGAUCUUAUUAAAUUUAUUGAACACUCUCCUAACUUAAAGAGAUUGAUCGAGCAUUCGCAUUAGAUCCUGUUUAGACAUACUGUACUACCGGUCUCCGACAAUCAGAAGUUAACUUAUAUUUCAUAAAUUACAUUACAUCAACUAUCGGUUCAAAUUCUCUUUCAUCACAUGCCAUUAUUCUUGAAUUCCGCUUUCUUUUUGACCAUAUGAUGAAUGUGUAAAAAAUAUGUAAGACGGUAGUGUUAUCAAACCGAGAGUAUCUUUGACUUCUUCAAACUAGACAAUUCGCUAAUAUACAAAGCCUACACAAGACCCUAUGAUACCUAAAAAAAUUAAUUUAUUCUCAAAUAACAGUUUGUUACAUGAAGCAUGCCAGUUUACAGGCAAGAUCAAAUAGUUACAAAUAAUACAAUAUCCACUGUAGUAAAUGACUUAGCUGAGUUGAUAAUUUAUAAGAUAUGAAUGUAGAUGAUUUUAGUCAGUAUCACAUUUGGCGCGCUUCGUGAAAGUUGCGUUGCAAAUGUGCAAAUGAUUGUCAGGGAUAGAUCCAUUGAAGGUGGGAGCUUCUAGAAUUCGCAACCUUAUGUCCCUUUGUAAUAUCUAAGGCUUUAAGGACGGUGCAGGAUGAAGUCACCAGUUCCAUAUCUCAAGAGGGCUGAAAGAAAGUGCAAGAAAAUGAAAGGGCAAAAGGCAAAGUAGCCAAUUUUUAUGAAAGAAAAGUGAAGGUAUGGCUACUCAGUCUAAUUUUCUUUUUAUGGAGUAUUUACUAAGCAAGAGCAUCCUAAUAGGGUAAAGAAAAUAAGUGUGGACAAUAUAUGAGUGGAUAAACAGCUGACAAACGGAAGUGGUUCAGAAAGGAGCUGAGAGUAUGGGAUUAUGUGUAGUUAUAAAAUAUAGUGCUAAAAACAGUACUGUGAUACACAACUGCCUAUCUCCUUUUUAUUUUCGAAGAUGUUGGAGCCUUUUUAUUUAUUUGUUUAUUUAUUUUUAUAGAUUUCAUAGGGUCUUGAAUAGGCUUUGUAAUUUAGUGAACUGUCUAGUUUGCUUGUAAAUAGGAUCACUGUAUAGGAAAUGAAACCCAUUCAACGUUCUAAACUAGAUUUACUGAAGCAUUUUUGCAUGAUAAAUCAGCAUCAAUACCAAAAGUUCCUGACAUCCCACUAAACCAUAAGGAGCCGUAAUUAAACAAAAUAUUCUGCCCUAUAGACACGGGUGGAUUGAAGUUAUCUCCCCACCAUCAUGUUUGCUGGUCAGUAACGCCACCCUCCCUCCUUUUAUGGUGUUAGGCUCUCUUACGUUUGUGGUAAGUAUGAAUACUGCUUUAAUCAAAGUCCACUGUCUCUACUAGCUACUUGUUACAAGCAAAUCAGAUAGUUUUAGAAUUUGUAUUAUGGGUUAGAUGUCCAUUUAUAAUAUCACAUUGCUAUUAAAAUAACUAAUGGUUUAGAGAAAGUAAAGACUAAUAGCAGAUCAAAGGACAUGAGAGGGUAUAAAAUUGUAG